AAAAUUCGGUUUUCGGUUCGGUUCAGUUCGAUUUUUGAUUUUUUUUUUUUUUGGAAAAACCAAAAAUAACCGAAAUUAACGUAAAUAACCGAAAAUAACCGAAUUUAACCGAAAAAUCCGUACUUUUUUAAAAACAUAUACCAAAAUUAACCAAAAAUCAUAAAAAUCGGUUAUUUUCGGAAAUUUAGGUGAAAACCAAAAAUAACCGAAAACCGAACCGAACCAAAAUUUAAUUCGGUUACUUUCGGAAAUGGUUUUUAAUAUUUCGAUUAACCGAAAACGGAUGUUCGGUUCGGUUUCGGAAAACCGAAGUCGCAGGGCUAGUUCAAAGAGUAAAGUUUUGUGAGUUUCUCAUUAUUCCAUGCUCCUGAGUCGUCAACUAACGAUGAAACCUUCAGGAAGACAUCAAUGAGCAUUUGAUGAUUAAACGGCCGCCGAGGCACCUUGUCCAUAAUCCACUUCUUUCCCCAAAUUGAUGUUGCUCUCCCGUUACCAAUGGAUUUGAUAAGUCCCCUUCACAAGGAACUCACACCCAAACAAUAUACUUCUCCAAGCAUAUGAAGGCCUAUAACCCUUACCACACUCCAAGAAAUCCGUGUUAGCAUAGUAUAUACCUCUGUAGACUUGCGCUAGAAGGCUCUGAGGUUCGUUUAGGAGCUUCCAGGCUUGUUUAGCUAGCAAGGCUUGGUUGAAAUCCUCAAAUUCUUUCGGCAUACAGAGCUUUGGCCAAGACACCCAAUGAAUCUUUUUCUUAUCACUGCAUUCAUUCCACUAAAAGGCCGACAUUGCACUCAUGAUUUUUUGGCAAUGAUGUUUCGUCAAUCUAAAGCAAGACAUGGCAUAUACAGGAAAAGCCAUAGCAAUUGAUUUUAGGAGUAUCUCCUUUUCUCCAAGAGAAAGCGUUUUGACAUACCAUCCAUUAAGUUUUUUACCAAGUUUCUUAUUAUUAUUUUGGGUAAGACAAUUGUUAGUCUAAAAAAAUGUAUAAGAGGUGAGAAUUGUUUACAGAAUCAAUUUCUUUUAUUGCCCUAAUGGGAAUUUUAAAUCAAAUAAUAAAAAAAAUGGUCGAUAAAAUAGACUUGGCUUUUACAUGAAAAAGAAGAACACAGCUAGGGUCAGGUCAACCGUAUGUAUCUGCAGAGUUUGCAAUCUGAGGCAUAAUCACUCGACGAUGGGAUUCUGGUGGAGUAAGAAGGAGAAUAGCAAAGUGGAGACGAGCAAUGUGAGUAAUUGUUUCCUCAAGAACGGAAGCAUGUUUCUUCAGCAACUCAUCGCUGACUGCAACGGCAUUUCAAACCCUAUCAGAAUGUUCACUUCCGAUCAAAUCUCCAAGGUCAACGAUCACUUCGACCCCAACUCUUCUAUAGUUGAAGAUACCGAUACAUACUUCACCUGGUACAAGGGCGAAAUCGAAGGCAGGCCUUGCGCGAUCAAGAGAUAUACAGAGCGAUUGUAUGUAGAAGAAGAGAUGGCUUACAACGACAUUGUCUUGUCAGCUAGGGUAAGUAAUCACAGUGGUUUCCUCAAACUCAUAGGUUGUUGUCUCCAAUUUCCUCGUCCAGUGUUGGUGUUUGAAAACCUAGGCUAUACAGUUUUGAACGAGAGAGGAACUGUUGGCUACGAGAGCGAGCCGUUGUUGCCGUGGAACUUACGCUUGAAGAUUGCGAAAGAGAUUGCGAUUGCUAUAACUUAUCUUCACACGGCUUUCUCUAGAAUCAUUAUACAUAGAGAUAUAAAGGCAACAAAUGUUUUCUUGGAUAAGAAUGGGACGGCCAAGCUCACUGAUUUCUUUCUUGCUGUAUCACUUCCCGAGGGCAAAUCGUCGCUUGAAGAUACGGUGAUGGGAACUGCCGGAUACCUAGAUCCAAAUUAUUGCACGACCAACGUAGUGACAGAAUACUCAGAUGUGUUCAGCUUUGGAAUCCUUAUGUUGGUUCUUCUGACGGGAAAACAACCAUAUAAACCAGGUUAUCAUGAUUGGAAGUUUCUUGAAAAUGUGAAGGAUCUGCAUGAGAGAGGAGAACCUGUUGAAUUCGGGGGUGAUUCGAACGACAUGAAGCCUGUUCAGAUGAAAAUGUUUCUCGAGCUGGCACUGAGAUGCUGCGAGAAGAAUAAGGAAAACAGGCCAAAGAUGAUCUUGGUGGCAAAAGAGAUUAAGCUAAUAGAAACAGGAUCAUUCUAUUGUUCUGAGAUGCCUGAAAAUGGAAGCAUUGCUUCCUCAAGAAUGGGAGCAUGCUUCUUCAGAAACUCAUGGCCGACUGCAACGGCAUAUCAAACCCUAUCAGACUGUUCUCUUCGGAUCAAAUCUCCAAGGCCACAAGUCACUUCGAUCCCGAGCCUUUCUUUCAAGAUUCAGAAUUUAUCGGUUUCAAUGGCGUCAUUGAAGGCAGAUCUUACACGAUCAAGAUAAAUACAGGAGAGGAAGAUCAGUCAGGUUACAACGACAUUGUCUUGUCAGCUAGGGUAAGUAAUCACAGUGGUUUUCUCAAACUCAUAGGUUGUUGUCUCGAAUAUCCUCUUCCGGUGCUGGUGUUUGAAGACCUAGACUGUAGAGUUUUGAACCAUAGAGGAACUGUUGGAGCGCCACUGUUGCCGUGGAAUGUUCGUCUAAAGAUUGCGAAAGAGGUUGCGAUUGCUGUAACGUAUCUUCACACAGCUUUCCCUAGAAUCAUUAUACAUCGAAAUAUAAAAACAACAAAUGUUUUUUUGGAUAAGAAUGGGACUGCUAAGCUCACUGAUUUAUCUCAUGCCGUAACACUCCCUGAGGGUAAAUCGUGGAUUGAAGAGCCGGUGUUGGGAACAUACGGAUACCUAGAUCCUAAUUACUACACGACCAGCUUAGUGACAGAAUACACAGAUGUUGUUUUCAGCUUUGGAAUCCUUAUGUUGGUUCUUCUCAUGGGAAGACCACCAUUUUUGGAUGAACCAGAUGGAAGUUCGGUUCAUGAUAGGAGGUUUAUUGGAUAAGUGAGGGAUCUGCAUGAGAAAGGGGAACCUGUUGAAUUUGGGGGUGACUCCAACGACAUGAGGCCUGGUCAGAUGAAGAUGUUUCUUGAGCUGGCAUUGAGAUGCUGCGACUGGAGAAGUGUAGACAAACCAAAGAUGGUCAUGGUUGCAAAACAGAUUAAGCUCAUAGAAAAAGGAUCAUUCGAUUGUUCUGAGAUGCUGGAAAAUGAUGGUCAGAUUAAUUAAACACUGAGAUUAUGCUCCUCAUUCUAUGGUUGUUUACUGUGUAUUGUAUAUUGCUGAAUUUCUUAUCUUUUCUCGUAUAUGUUUGGUACAAAACUUCAUUUUGAUUAAGAAAAGACUUUAGAUGGUAAAUGUAGUAAGGCUCUUACCACAUAUUAGGUAAGAAAGCAGGAAGCAUAGUUUCAAGAACCUGCUUGAGAUGAUUCUUGUUGAAACUGUUUAUCAGGAGUAUGCUAAAAGCUGAAACCUCAU